CACAAUAAGAAAAAACAUCUUCUUCACCUUAACACAGAGCAAAAAAAAAUGGCGUCCAUAGCUGGUGUUAGUAUCACAACGCCAAGAAUUUCAGCCAAAUCAUCCGAUUCCCCCAAAAUUCAACCGUUGAAAUUCCCAACCCUAAACAGUCCAUGGAAGAAAUCAGGUCAAUUCGGUUACGGGAGGAUGUAUGUAGUAGUACCCAGAGUAGUUCCGGAUAAGAAGCUAUCUGAUUUAGUUGCGGAAAGUGUAAAAGAAGCUGAAGAAGCUUGUGCGGAGGAUCCGGUGAGCGGUGAGUGUAAGGCGGCGUGGGAUGUGGUGGAAGAGACGAGUGCGGCGGCGAGCCAUGCGAGGGAUAGGAAGAAGGAAUCAGAUGUGCUGGAGAAUUAUUGUAAGGAUAAUCCAGAAACGGAUGAAUGCCGCACUUAUGAUAAUUGAUUAUGAUUAUGAUUAUGAUGAUAGUAGCUACUCAUGUGUUGUGUUUUUUUU